AGUAUUUUUCCCUUUGUGAGUUUUAUUGUAUUAUUAUUAACAAACCUAACUUCUAUGUUUAAUGUUCACACAUCGAAGGAUUAAAAAUGAAGUGGUUCAAAAGGUUUAUGUGGACUCAUUAACCGGAAGAAGAACUAUAAACGGGGAGAACAAACCCGGAAGCUGGCAGCACUGCGACCCCGUGGGCGACAACUGCCGUAAAUUAAAAAGAAGAAGAAGAAAGACCGGAAGCAUUGUUUCCGACCGGUUCUUCUGAUCCGAGCGGAGUCACAACAGGGUUCAACCCGGGCUUCCUGCCCGCUGGGCCCGCUGCACCCGGAGCGAUGACCCGCUCCUCGAAGCGGACUGAGUGCGCAUGCUCCAGACUCUGAACGCGGAGAGAGACGGGACCUCCACGGACCCGGAGCGGGAUUCUGGGCCCUAAGGCCCGGAUCGGGAAACACGUCCACAUUCUGUUGAGUGACAGCGGCUGAAGAGAGAUUUGGGCUUUUCAACCCGGAAGUCCCGAUACAAAGAGCAGUAAACCUGUUUCUCACUUCCCGGUGAACACAGUGAGUCUGGACUGAAUGCAACGACGCCGGGAGUGAGACGAGGAGAAAAGGUUUGGUGACCACCACUUUUUGCCAUCACGAUGCCGCGCUAUAAAUCAAAUCCGGACAAGCGCAGAAAAAAGGACGCAGAGAGAAAGAAAAGAAGUCGAAUGAUGGAAACGCUGCAACAAAGAGAGAGUCGCAGAAAAAAGGACGCGGAGAGAAAGAAAAAAAGUCGCAUGAUGGAAACGCUGCAACAAGCGGAGCGUCGCAGAAGAAAGGAGUUGGAUCGAAGGAAAGGAGCUCGCGAGACCGAAACGCAGCAACAGACCGAGUACCGACGGGCACUUUACAUACUAAAGAAACGGCAGCAACUAGCGAAUGAGACGCCGGAGGCUGCAAAGCGCCGCAAAGAAUCGCACAGACUAGCGAUGGCCCAGCGGCGAGCGCAGCAGAAGGCGGCGGAACUCGGUCAAGCUCUUCACAGACGGGUGAUAGUGGAGCACCGAGCGCAGGAGUCGCCGGAGGCGGCAGGGCGCCGCAGGGCGCUGCACCGCCAGGCGAUGGCGCGGCACCGAGCGCGACAAACGCCGGAGGCGGCAGGGCGUCGCCAGGUUUUGCACCGACAGGACAUGGCACGGCACCGAGCACGUCAGAAGGUGGAGGCGGCAGGACGCAGUCGAGCCUUACACGUACAAACCGCGGCCUGGCGCAGAAACACCGGUUCUUCACACCUCCAGCAGCUGUUGAUGAGAAGAGAGAUGGGCCCCCCUGAGCAGCAGGACUGGACCUCCAGUCUGGACCAGGAGGACCCAGAGCCCUCACAUAUUAAAGAGGACCAGGAGGACCCAGACCCCCCACACAUUAAUGAGGACCAGGAGGACCCAGAGUCCCCACAUAUUAAAGAGGAACAGGAGGACCCAGAGCCCCCACACAUUAAUGAGGACCAGGAGGACCCAGAGUCCCCACACAUUAAAGAGGAACAGGAGGACCCAGAGCCCCCACACAUUAAAGAGGACCAGGAGGACCCAGACCCCCCACACAUUAAUGAGGACCAGGAGGACCCAGAGUCCCCACACAUUAAAGAGGACCAGGAGGACCCAGACCCCCCACACAUUAAUGAGGACCAGGAGGACCCAGAGUCCCCACACAUUAAAGAGGAACAGGAGGAACUCUGGACCAGUCAGGAGGGAGAGCAGCUUCAAGGUCUGGAGGAGGCUGGUAUCAGGUUCACAUUCACUACUGUCUCUGUGAAGAGUGAAGAUGAAGAUGAUGACGAAGAAGAAGAUGAUGAAGCUAUGUUCUCACAGCUUUAUGGAAGACAAUCUGCGGAGAACAGAGAGGCGGAUCAUUUGAAAACAGAAGCUGAUGGAGAGGACUGUGGGGGAUCCAAACCAGCCAGGAAAUCAGAUGGAGGUAGUCCUUCACAACCAGAUACCCAUGAGCCUUUACACUGCUCUGAACCUGAGACUGAUGACAGUAGGGAUUGGGAGGAUUCAAACCCUCUGCAACACAGUGAAGUACCCGGAACUGAAGUGGACCGUAGCACUGGAGCAACAUCAAUCAGCUCCUCUGAAUGUGCUGCAAGCAUUGACCACAAGAGACGUCUGGAGAGACGCUCUGAAUCCAAAACCGGAGAGAAACUAUUUCUUUGUUCAGUUUGUGGCAAAAGAUUUGCUCGGCAAAGUGUUCUGAGACGACACUUGACUGUCCACUCCGGGGAGAAACCAUUUAGUUGUUCAGUUUGUAGUAAAACAUUCACACUGAAGCAAAAUCUGAGGCGACAUGUGGCCACUCACACGGGGGAGAAACCGUUUAGUUGUUUAGUUUGUAGUAAAACAUUUGCCCAAAAGGGACAUCUGAGACGACACUCGACUGUCCACACAGGGGAGAAACCAUUCAGUUGUUCAUAUUGUAGUAAAAAAUUCACCCAAAAAGGAGAUCUGGAGCGACACUUGACUGUCCACACGGGGGAGAAACCACUUAGUUGUACAGUUUGCAACAAAAGAUUCACUCGGCUCUGUUAUGUAAAACAUCACAAGUGUGUUGGUUAGAGCAGCAGAAAUGAAGGACUGAAGGAAACACUGGCAGCUGGAUAAUAAGCUUCACAGCAGUUUACAAGCUCUCAUUUGUCUUUUAAUUGUGCAUGUCAUUAAAAUAAUUAUUG